UCUCGUUAACAAUCUAUUUGAAAGUUAUUCUCUUUAUAUGUAAAUCUCAGGAACAAAAAUUUAUAUCUCAUUAAGAUUACAGAACAAACUUCAAAAGCAAUGGAAGCUCAAAAACUUCAUGUAAUAUUUCUUCCAUUUCCAACUCCUGGCCAUAUGAUUCCCAUGAUAGACACAGCAAGACUAUUUGCCAAACAAGGUGUUAAUGUUACCAUCAUUGCUACUCAUGCCAACGCUUCAACAUUCCAAAAAACCAUAGACAGUGACUUCAAUUCAGGAUACUCCAUCAAAACUCAACUUAUUCACUUCCCUUCAGCUCAAGUUGGUCUCCCUGAAGGAGUUGAAAAUGUCAAAGAUGGAACUUCGAAUGAAAUUAUUGAUAAAAUAAUUCGUGGAAUAAUGAUGCUACAACAUCAAAUUGACAUUAUGCUUCACGAUCUUCAACCAGAUUGUAUUGUCUCGGAUAUGGCUUAUCCUUGGACCGUUGAAUCAGCCGCAAAACUUAACAUUCCAAGGAUUUACUUUUACAGCUCAAGCUACUUCUCCAAUUGUGCAAGCUAUUUUGUCAGAAAGUAUAGACCUCAUGAUGAUUUAGUUUCUGACACACAGAAAUUUACAAUUCCUUGUUUGCCUCAUACCAUUGAGAUGACACCUUUGCAGCUAGCUGAUUGGAUUAGGGUGAAGACUUCAGCCACAGGUUUAUUUGUUGACAUGUAUGAUUCAGAGAAAAGAAGCUAUGGAACACUAUAUAAUAGUUUUCAUGAACUAGAAAGUAAUUAUGAGGCACUUAGUAAAACUACAAUGGGAAUCAAAUCCUGGAGUGUAGGACCAGUUUCAGCAUGGAUUAACAAUGACGAUGAAAGAAAGGCCAAUAGGGGAAACAUGGAGAUGAACAUUGGAAAAGACUCAGAAUUGUCAAAUUGGCUUAAUUCUAAGCCAAAUGAUUCUGUGAUCUAUGUAUGUUUUGGAAGCCUUACCAGGCUUUCUCAUAAACAGAUUGUUGAACUAGCCUAUGGACUUGAAAAUUCAGGUUCAAAUUUUAUCUUGGUUGUUAAGGGUGGAGAAGAUUUUUUGCAUGAUAUUGAGAAAAGGGUGAAAGAAAGCAAAAAGGGCUAUGUCAUAUGGAACUGGGCACCACAGCUUCUGAUAUUGGAUCACCCUGCAACAGGUGGAAUUGUGACUCACUGUGGUUGGAACUCGAUUCUUGAAAGCGUGAAUGCUGGUUUGCCGAUGAUCACAUGGCCGAUGUUUGCUGAGCAAUUUUACAAUGAGAAGUUGCUUGUUGAUGCUUUGAAAAUUGGAGUUUCUGUAGGAUCAAAAGUGAACAAGUUUUGGCUUAACGUUGUUGAAGAGAAAGCGCCGGGACUUAACAUUGUUGAAGAGGAGGUAGUGGUGAAAAGGGAAGAGAUAGUGAAGGCUGUUGAGAUUCUAAUGGGAUGUGGCCAAGAAGGAAAAACGAUGAGGAUGAGAGCUAAAAAGCUCGCUGAUGCUGCCAAGAGGACUGUAGAGGAAGGUGGACACUCUUUCAACAACUUGAUUCAGUUGAUUGAUGAGCUGAAAUCAUUAAAGAUUGUUAGAGAACAUGAAAAAACCAGAUUAGAUAAUUGAAUCCGAGUGUUAAUUAAUGACAUUAAUUUAAUGUUAUUGUUCUUGUAGUUGCAACUUGCGUGUGAUUUUAUGAAGAUUUUUGAUUUUGUAACAUGAUGAAUUACAUACAAGUACUUUUGAAGCUAAAAAUUCUCUUGUAAGGAUCUUCUAUUCAGCUAGGCCUUUAUUAUUACUUCUGUGAUGUAUCGUUGAUCUAAUCCCAAAUUCGAUUUCUGA